AUUCUGAACGCCUGAAUACAUAACUAAGCAACGCAAUUUUGUAUUGUGUGUUUAGAAAGUAUUAUAUAGUCUCUUUUGUUGGAGCAAUCGUGCAUUAUGGCAGUGCUGCUAUGCAGCAUGGUCAUUGUCCCCUGUUUGUUUGUCCCGCCAGUUGCUCAUAUUGGCCUUGCAGCGGCGCGCGAGAGCACGAGUAGACGAGAGGGUCCCCGCGCACGCGCUGUUAUUGUUUUGACUGAAAAUGCCGUCGGUUUCGAAAACGGCGGCGUGCGCUUCUCCUCAAACCGAGAAACCAACCCACUACACGUAUUUGAAGGAGUUCAGGACCGAGCAGUGCCCAUUGUUUUUGCAGCACAAAUGCACACAGCACAGACCCUUUACGUGUUUCCACUGGCAUUUUCUAAACCAGCGAAGACGGAGACCCGUCCGGAGGCGCGACGGGACUUUUAACUACAGCCCCGAUGUAUAUUGCACGAAGUAUGACGAAACAACAGGAAUAUGCCCAGAUGGAGACGAUUGCCCUUACUUACACCGGACCACCGGUGACACAGAGCGCAAGUACCAUUUACGCUACUACAAGACUGGCACUUGCAUCCAUGAGACAGACGCUCGUGGACACUGUGUGAAGAACGGCCUCCACUGCGCCUUCGCUCAUGGACCACAUGACCUACGGCCGCCAGUUUAUGACAUAAGAGAGAUCCAGGCACAGGAAGCUCUGCAGAAUGGCCAGUUAGGAUCUGGGGAGGGAAUUCCUGACCUGCAGCCAGGUGUGCUGGCCAGCCAAGCCAUGAUUGAGAAGACCCUGAAUGAGGACCCCCGCUGGCAAGACACCAAUUUUGUUUUGGCUAACUAUAAAACUGAGCAGUGCACCAAGCCUCCACGUCUAUGCAGGCAGGGCUAUGCAUGUCCCCACUAUCACAAUAGCAGAGAUAGGAGAAGAAAUCCCAGAAAGUUCAAAUACAGGUCGACACCAUGUCCGAGUGUAAAACAUGGCGAUGAAUGGGGCGAACCAUCCAAGUGUGAGAGCGGGGACAGCUGUCAGUACUGCCACUCGCGCACUGAACAGCAGUUCCACCCAGAGAUAUACAAAUCUACGAAAUGCAAUGACAUGAGGCAAACUGGAUACUGUCCAAGGGGGCCAUUCUGUGCUUUUGCACAUGUGGAAAGAAUUCCUUCCACAGAAGAGGCAAUGAGUACGUUGCUCACAGUGAUGCAGUCGGGUCCGCACUCCAGUCUGGGCUCUCAGCAAUACCCAGAGUGUCCAGUCAACGAGUGGAGCAACACAAAUUCCAUCACCAGCAGUGCUAAUAACAACGGCCAAACAGGAAACGUGUCAUGCUCUAAUAGUCCGACUGUAACACCAAGCUCAGGAAGCAACAGUUCUUUGUCCCCAAUUGGACCCAUCGGCAGGCCAAAAUGCUUUACUAAUGGUAGCUUAUGUUCAGAGUCCACCACGUCCAGUGUUUCGUCUCCGACGUCUAACUAUCCCAAAGCUCCGGGUUUUGAACGGGAGGAUCAGGCAAAGAACCUGAAGAGCCAGUCUGGAGAAAAUAAUCAAAAGUUAAUGGACCAAGACAAACAGGCUCACAGCGGUGUGUUCUCAGUGGUGAACCCACUAGCAUCCAGCAUAACAUCAAGCAUCACAUCCAGCUUGGCCUCCAGUGUAGGAUCUGACAGCUCCUCACCUACCACUUUAUCAACAAUGAAUGCAAAAGCCACACCUUUCUAUCCAGGCAGCAAUACUGUGGAGUCAGUAAUAGGAUCUGCACUUGACUUAAAUUUUAGUGACAUCAACGUUGCCUCCCUCGACAAAGAGCUAGAGGACCAAGACAACAAUGGCUUUGGCUUAACAAGUCAGAGGUUAUUAGGAGGCUCUGCUCCUGUCAAUAUUCCUGGCUCGCUGGCUCGGUCUUCCUCUCUGCAUUCCUCCUCCUCUCUCUCUGCCUCCCCGCUCAGCUCUCUGUCUCAGUCCCUGUCCCAGUCUCUUCUCACUGGAAUGACCUCCCAGCAGAGCCAGCCACAGGUGCCACCUGUUAAAACUGAGCACGGCCGCCUGGGAACGCCCACAUCUUCACAGAACUCUUUAGGUUUGAAUGGUGGAGCAGGGAGUAUAUGGGACUUUAUGAGUGGCAGCUUCUCUCCCAGCCCUUCUCCAGUGUUCAGCAGCCUUACUUCCAGCACGGUCAGCUCCAGCAGUGCAGACAUCGGACGGCUCCUCCGAGAACUGGAUGAGGCCAAGCGCAAGAUAAAGCAAUGGGAGGAUGCCUGGCACCAGGUCAAACAGGCCUGUGAAGCGUGGCAGAAAGACGCUCACGAAGCAAAAGAGCAAGCAAAAUCGGCAGAGGCGGAGCGGCAGCUGGCGGAACAGAAGCGGGAGGACACUGAGCGUAAGCUGAAGGAACUGCAGGGAGACUUUGACAUUUUGUGUCGCUCCCCCAACACGCCUCUUCUGCGCAGCUACGGAAAGCUGGACCAGCUCCCCCUGCCAAAGCUCCGCUCCAUCCAGAGCCAGCUGCGCUCUGACCUAGACCUCAUAGAUGGGGUAAUAUAUCAGCUUCAGUCAAAGAAAUGUAUAGUUUGCCAAAAGCAUGAUCGUUCCAUUGUCCUGCAGCCUUGCCAACAUUAUUUACUUUGUCAGAACUGUGCGUCUGGUAAAAUGGAAUGUCCUUACUGUAAGACAAAAAUAUUGAAGUGGUGAUGUGUGGCAAUUCAAGGUACUAUUGAAUGGUCUAGCCCUUUGAAGAACUACUAAUACAUUACCUACUAAUGCUUACCGUUUCUAAAUAGCAUUUUUUUGUGUUUCAGUAUUUCAUAUAGUGAUUAAAUUGAUUAGUUUUAUCAGAAUUUAAUAAGUGGUGUUUGACUGAUACAAAUCAAGAACUUAAAUGCAAUACCCGUUUUGUACAAGCUAGAAUAUCCAUUUUCAUAAAGCAUUAAACAAUUUCCCCUUACCGCUGAUUUGACUGUUAGCGACAAAUUAAUCGGUCAGACAUCUGCAUAUUUGCUACUAGAUGUGUGAAGAGGAUUCAUUUCUUGUUAAAAGCACUUUGUUGACUUGGAAAAAUUUAUCUUGAGGGUAUUUUAGAAAUGUUUGCUUUAAGCUGCUUUGUAGCUUUUGGUUAUUUUUAUUUUCUUAGAUUUAUAUUUUUCCCAAAUACGCUAAAGUAUGAAGCUUUUGUGUGUACUGUGAAACAUAAUAGAAUAUUUCAUUUUUCUUACUGUUAAAUCAUGGUAUAUUGUAUAUAUCUUGUUAGUUUUCAUAUAAAAUAGUACUAAAUAGUAGUUACUACUUUCAUUGUUACUUAAAUUUUUCAAUCAAAUAAGUGCAAACUUUAAAUGCAUUUUAGGCAUAAGCAGCAGCUGUAAUUUCAGUAAGGCACAUACUGUAUGCUAAAGCAUUUAGUAAAUUGGUUUCUCUGUCUUAUAGUGACUCUUUAGGUAGACAUUAUGUAGUUGUUAGAUGAGCACAUGUGUUCUGAUGUCUUCAGUGACACAGUAUUUUUUGUUUGUUUUGACUUCAGCUUUCAGAUGUUAGAAGAUAUCUGAUUCUGGGCCACUCCCUUUUAAGUGCCUUGCCUUAAAAUAUUUGAAGCAUCUUUGAGGAGCUUAGGAUUGUAGUACAAAACCCAUAAGUGUAGUCAUUGCUUGUGCAAAUUGCGUAUUUUUCUGUAGCACCGUAUGUACUUUAUUUGAGCAUGUAUUGGCCCAUUCAGUACUUAAGUAUUUCCCAGAGAUUUCUGGGCCUGAUAUUCAGCUAAAGUGUCGUUCCCUCUUUCUUCAUUAACAAUGGUGCUUUUUGGGUGCAGCUUCAUUAUCCUUAGACAUGUUGAAUCGUCCUUAAUUUAAAUAUGUAGGGAUAUUCAGACCAGGAAAUAUAUAUAUAUAUAUUUCUUUGAUUGCAAAAACUAAACUGGCUUAGUGGAUUUUUAGUUUUUUGAAAUGUUUAGAAUCAUAGUGCUCUGUAGUGUUUACAGACAGAAAUUGUCAAUGUUUUUUCGUAUCCAAAUUCGACAGUGUAAUGUGCUUAGGUAAUUUAAUUGAAAUGACCUGCUACUGUGUUAUCUGAAAACUUUUUUCCUUUAUUUUCUUUUAUUUUCUUGUUCCUUUCAUAUUUACAGCAAUGUGCGGUAAAUUGUCAGGUACACAAAGGUGCAAGUUUUUUUUGUUUUUUUUUAAAUUGGGAUAAACAGUUUUCUUCAAAAGGGAUGGUUAUUGAGGAUCUAAUUGUCCAGACCCUCAUAUUUUAUUUCAGCUUCACGAGGAACAGACAGUGUAUAUAUUAUUUCCCUCUGCUUUUCUUCUUACGUUCGUAUCUAAAUCCACAAGUUCUGUAUGUAGCUCAUGUUCUUGACAUUUGGACUGAUUUGUCUUAAAAAAGCAUUCACAGCAUGUGUGUAGAUUUUGUUAACCAGCUGAAGCUCUAGAUCACACUGCCAAAUGUGUUUGUGUUGAGCAGACCUUUCCAGUUGUUGGUCAUCACAGUCGAUAGCUCUUAAGUAUUCAAAAAUGUUUUUGUACAAUGCUUCAAAUGCAUUGUCUAUGUGCUUAUAUUUUCUAGGAUGAUUAGCGAAGCCGUGUUCUUUUUCAUAAGAUGGUUGGCGUAGAUAGGGUGUAAACAUUUGUAAUGGAUCAAAGUAGCUCUGGGUAUUGUGAUAUUUCCAACACUCAAGUGCUCAAGAGCUUUGUUGAGGGAUUAAUUCCACUUGUUUGGUUAUCGGACCAUAACGUAGGAUUGUUUCACAAAAAAAAUGCGGUUGGAAUGUUUGGGAUCUCACUUGACAUUUAUGUCUGAAACGAAGAGUGUGGUCAAAUCAAAUGUUGACUUUACUCAAAUGAACCAAAGUGGUAUUGUAGUUUAUAUUUGUUUCAAAGUUCAAAUGAAGUGGUGUACAAUUACUAUGUCAGUUUUUCAAUGUUUAAUUUGACAGGACAACUAUGCCAACUGCUUUUGCUGACAAUAUUAAUGGACUGAAAGCCCAUUUUUGUAGUUUUUACCAAAGACCUUUACUGUUUUUCUUUUUCUCUUCUCAAUUUUAUAACUGCAUUUUUAUUUGAGCAUUCUGAGGAAAUAGUUAGAAGUAGAAAAAUGACCAAAUCUAGUACCUUAUUUACAUAAUAUGUGCAUUUAAAAGAAAAAAAUCGUAAUGGAAUCAUAAUCAUUUUUUUAUAUAAAGAUUGUGGUUCUUUUUUCUUUAAUUCCUCAGUAAAAAGAAAAGCAUAGUAUUGAAUUGGCUGUAAUCCACAGUGAAGGAAUGUCCUAGUAAUGAAUGAAUAUUUGUGUAAAUUGUUUUAAGUGGCCAGAUGGAUCAGUGCUUAUUUGAAGUAUAUAUUUCUUUUUCUUUUUUUAUACUAAUAGUACUUAAUUGUACAAUUCUCAAAUCAGUUUUGAAACAUUAGUGGUUGUGCGCUACUUGUAUGCUGUCAGGAUUUUAGAGAGUAUAAUUGGACCGUAAGGUGCUUUCUUUAGUUUCUUUUUGACUGGUGUUUUGUUUUUCUGUACGUUUAUUUGUGAUUCUUCAGCAUUUGGAGAUAAAAUAAGAAAUCUUCUAACUUUUUUUUUUUUUAAUCUUGAAGUGAAGUCCAUUGUUGUGUCAAAGGUUGUCCAAUAUUUCUUUGUAAAACAUAUUUGAUUGUGAUGUAAAAUGGGUCCCUUGUUUGUGCUAGUUGAAAUGGCUGAAACAGACAGUGGGUCACAUUUAUGAAAACAGUUAAAAUAUCUUCAUUUCCUAGCCUUAAACCACACUUUAUUUGGCCUAGUUAAGUUUUAAUUUUGUUAGAUUUCUGAAAAUAUAAGCUUGUCAGACACUUGAACAGUCAUGCUGCUUGUUAAUACUGUUAACUAUGUUAAUUUUUGAAAAGAACAAAUUUGUGCCUUUAUUACAACACAUUGAAAGUAUUUGAAUUGAACAAAUGGGUAAUUCAAGCUUACAAAUGAGCCAAAUUUUAGUGCCUUUUGACAUUUUAACCUGCGUUUCGCAAUGCACGAGAAUAUUGCAACAGAUUCCUACUGACUUUACCAGUGUAUUAAAAUAAUACCUAAUUACUUUGCCAUGCCUUUAAACUUUUGGCUUUGAGUAAUAUAAAAGUGAUAUAUUUAAUAUGUAUUAAAUUCUCUUGAAAAACAGCAUGAUGAUGCAUUACAGAUUACAACUGUCUGUUAUGAGCAACAGUUAAGAUAUAAUGCAGUUGUAUUCUCUACCAAGGAUGUGUUUAAAUUGCAGGCUAGCAGCUCAUUUAAACAGAUUGUGAAGUAAGACUAAAUUACAGUAGAAUAAUCAUUUAUAAUUAUAAGUUUGGGCUUCCAGUUAAUUUUGUGUGUUCUAUUAUUGGUUUCCUAAAAAGUGAUUUUCAGUAUCAUAAAAAUCUGUAUUAAUGGCAAACAGCAAUUUUUGUGUAAUGUCUUAGUCACAUAAAUUUUAAUCACAGCAGAGACUACAUGUACAUUUGAUGCAUUUUAAGGUUUCCCACCUAACCCCUCUGUCUGCAUCAGCCAUUUAAUACCAACUGUAAUCUUUAACAAAAAUGACCAUUUAAAUUCAAUGUAUUGUGGUUUAUGAAAGACCAGGCAUCUGCAAUUAAAGAAGCACCGAGGACAGUGUCUUUUUUGUUUAGCAAUUUGUAAAUUAAUGUAUUGGAAAUUUACCACAAUGCUCUGCAGUGGAAAUAAUCAUAUUAUUAUUAUUUGUUUUUUUAAUUCUUGUGGAUUUUCUUUCGUUCAUUUUUUUUUCUUUUCUUAUUUUGUUCUUUAUCAGUAGUGUGAUUAAUGAACCUAAGGAUUUAUGCAAUCUUGUAUAUACAUAUUACAUAUGUAACUGGUUAAAUUUAGCAAACUAGCCAGGGAAAAUACCUUUUACAACAGUAAACGUACAUAAGAGGCUAAAACAAGUGAUAAAAAAAAAGGGGGGGGGGAAAAGCCAGAAGUUAGGAAACACUGUUCCCUAUAAUUAAUGUUAAGAUUAAUCUGACAUAAAUCCCUGAAUAUAUUGAAUGUACCAUUCAAAUUAGAUAUGAUAUGGGUCACUAUGGAGAACAGUUAAUCGAUAAUGAUGUAGCAUUAGUUUUUUAAAUUGCGAUACAUUAGAAAUAAAUUAUAAGUUAAACACAAUUGCAGUUUUCAAGUUUGUGUAUUUAUUAGUGUAACAAUUUGAUGGAAAUAUGAGAUGUAUUUUUCUCAGGGUUUUACAGGAGAACUAGAAUAGAGAGAGAUGUCCAAUUUUCAAAGGAAACUGCAACUCACAGAUUUAUUUGCUGAGAAGUCAAAAUGAGGAAAACAUUUAUAUUAUAAUGAAAUGAGAAAGAAACAUAUCCCUUAUUUUGGUACAGUAUGCAUCCAUAUAUAGAACUACUUAUAUUCUAAUUAGUGUUGAAAUACUAUACAAUUUGCUGUCAAUGUAAUACUUUGUGUAUGUGUUGUCAACACAAGACCUUAAAACAUUUACUGGGAGUUAUGUGUUUAAGUUAUGGAGGCUUCUUUAUGGAAUAGUUGUGCGUUUUGAUGGCGUGUAAGGCCAGAUAGGUUUUUUUUCACUAGAAUUACUUAAGAUGGUAUUAUUUAUAAUGCAUAAUCUUUUUCUCGUAGUGUAUCAUUUAAAAUUGUUAACACUUGUCUACACUACAGCAGUUAUGCAAUGGUUUACAAAAUUCAUGGAAUUAUUUUUAUCAUCUUGGAAAUUAAAUAAUUUUUGAUCUUUAA